AUGGGCUGUGGUGGAGUGGCUGUGGUGGAGUGGCUGUGGUGGAGUGGCUGUGGUGGAGUGGCUGUGGUGGAGUGGAGGUGGUGGAGUGGAGGUGGUGGAGUGGAGGUGGUGGAGUGGAGGUGGUGGAGUGGAGGUGGUGGAGUGGCUGUGGUGGAGUGGCUGUGGUGGAGUGGCUGUGGUGGAGUGGCUGUGGUGGAGUGGAGGUGGUGGAGUGGAGGUGGUGGAGUGGAGGUGGUGGAGUGGCUGUGGUGGAGUGGAGGUGGUGGAGUGGCUGUGGUGGAGUGGAGGUGGUGGAGUGGAGGUGGUGGAGUGGAGGUGGUGGAGUGGCGGUGGUGGAGUGGCGGUGGUGGAGUGGAGGUGGUGGAGUGGAGGUGGUGGAGUGGCGGUGGUGGAGUGGCGGUGGUGGAGUGGCGGUGGUGGAGUGGCGGUGGUGGAGUGGCGGUGGUGGAGUGGCGGUGGUGGAGUGGCGGUGGUGGAGUGGCGGUGGUGGAGUGGCGGUGGUGGAGUGGCGGUGGUGGAGUGGCUGUGGUGGAGUGGCUGUGGUGGAGUGGAGGUGGUGGAGUGGAGGUGGUGGAGUGGCUGUGGUGGAGUGGCUGUGGUGGAGUGGAGGUGGUGGAGUGGAGGUGGUGGAGUGGAGGUGUGGCUGGUGGUGGAGUGGCUGUGGUGGAGUGGCUGUGGUGGAGUGGAGUGGUGGAGUGGAGGUGGUGGAGUGGCUGUGGUGGAGUGGCUGUGGGAGUGGCUGUGGUGGAGUGGCUGUGGUGGAGUGGCGGUGGUGGAGUGGCUGUGGUGGAGUGGCGGUGGUGGAGUGGCUGUGGUGGAGUGGCGGUGGUGGAGUGGCGGUGGUGGAGUGGCGGUGGUGGAGUGGCGGUGGUGGAGUGGCGGUGGUGGAGUGGCGGUGGUGGAGUGGCGGUGGUGGAGUGGCGGUGGUGGAGUGGCGGUGGUGGAGUGGCGGUGGUGGAGUGGCGGUGGUGGAGUGGCGGUGGUGGAGUGGCGGUGGUGGAGUGGCGGUGGUGGGGUGGGUGGCGGGGUGGUGGAGUGGCGGUGGUGGAGUGGCGGUGGUGGAGUGGCGUGGUGGCGGUGUGGCGGUGUGGAGUGGCGGGUGGUGGCGGUGGUGGGUGGUGGAGUGGCGGUGGUGGAGUGGCGGUGGUGGAGUGGCGGUGGUGGAGUGGCGGUGGUGGAGUGGCUGUGGUGGAGUGGAGGUGGUGGGAGUGGGUGUGGUGGAGUGGCGGUGGUGGAGUGGCGGUGGUGGCUGUGGUGGAGUGGCGGUGGUGGCUGUGGUGGAGUGGCGGUGGUGGCUGUGGUGGAGUGGAGGUGGUGGAGUGGAGGUGGUGGAGUGGCUGUGGUGGAGUGGAGGUGGUGGAGUGGAGUGUGGUGGAGUGGGUGUGGUGGAGUGGCGGUGGUGGAGUGGCGGUGGUGGAGUGGUGGGGAGUGGCGGUGGUGGAGUGGCGGUGGUGGAGUGGCGGUGGUGGAGUGGCGGUGGUGGCUGUGGUGGAGUGGCGGUGGUGGCUGUGGUGGAGUGGAGGUGGUGGAGUGGAGGUGGUGGAGUGGCUGUGGUGGAGUGGCUGUGGUGGAGUGGAGGUGGUGGAGUGGCGGUGGUGGAGUGGCGGUGGUGGAGUGGCGGUGGUGGAGUGGCGGUGGUGGAGUGGCGGUGGUGGAGUGGAGGUGGUGGAGUGGCGGUGGUGGAGUGGCGGUGGUGGAGUGGCGGUGGUGGAGUGGAGGUGGUGGAGUGGCGGUGGUGGAGUGGCGGUGGUGGAGUGGCGGUGGUGGCUGUGGUGGAGUGGCGGUGGUGGCGGUGGUGGCUGUGGUGGAGUGGCGGUGGUGGAGUGGCGGUGGUGGCUGUGGUGGAGUGGAGGUGGUGGAGUGGAGGUGGUGGAGUGGCUGUGGUGGAGUGGAGGUGGUGGAGUGGCUGUGGUGGAGUGGAGGUGGUGGAGUGGCUGUGGUGAGUGGCGUGGUGGAGUGGCUGUGGUGGAGUGGCUGUGGUGGAGUGGCUGUGGUGGAGUGGCUGUGGUGGAGUGGCUGUGGUGGAGUGGCUGUGGUGGAGUGGCUGUGGUGGAGUGGGGAGCGGCUGUGGUGGAGCGGCUGUGGUGGAGGUGGAGGGUGGUGGUGGAGUGGCUGUGGUGGAGUGGCUGUGGUGGAGUGGCUGUGGUGGAGUGGCUGUGGUGGAGUGGCUGUGGUGGAGUGGCUGUGGUGGAGUGGCUGUGGUGGAGUGGCUGUGGGAGUGGUGUGUGGAGUGGCUGUGGUGGGUGGCUGUGGUGGAGUGGCUGUGGUGGAGUGGCUGUGGUGGAGUGGCUGUGGUGGAGUGGCUGUGAGUGGUGUGUGAGUGGCGGAGCGGCUGUGGUGGAGCGGCUGUGGUGGAGUGGAGGUGGUGGAGUGGCUGUGGUGGAGUGGCUGUGGUGGAGUGGCUGUGGUGGAGUGGCUGUGGUGGAGUGGCUGUGGUGGAGUGGCUGUGGUGGAGUGGCUGUGGUGGAGUGGCUGUGGUGGAGUGGCUGUGGUGGAGUGGCUGUGGUGGAGUGGCUGUGGUGGAGUGGCUGUGGUGGAGUGGCUGUGGUGGAGCGGCUGUGGUGGAGCGGCUGUGGUGGAGCGGCUGUGGUGGAGUGGCUGUGGUGGAGCGGCUGUGGUGGAGCGGCUGUGGGUGAUUCCACAGCUCAUCAUAUGGAAUCAUGUCUGGGCUUCUUUCAUUCCGAAAAACCCUUUACCCCAGGAGCAACAGAGCCCGUCCUGUAA